AUGCGUUACUCAGCUGUUGUCCUCCUCACUGCCCUGGCGGCACAGGCUACUGCUCACGGGGUCGUCACUGAGAUUCAGGGCGCGAACGGUGUGAACAUGCCCGGUCUUUCUGUCAUCGAUGGCACUCCUCGUGACUCUCCCAGCCCCGCCUCAGGCGCCGAAGAUGACACUUCCAUCAUCCGUGACCGCGAGCUUGGUGGCAACAGGGCCAGCGCUCUCGGCCGCACUAAGGGGGCUGGCCCCGUCGACGCUGCUGCCGCCAUCGCCAACUUCAUGGGCAACGGCAACGGUGCCACCGGUACCGCCGCCAGCAACAAGAAGCACAAGCGUGGUCUGCUCUCCAACCUCCUCGGUGGCGGCGGCAACGGCGGCAAUGGCAAUGGCAAUGGCAAUGGCAAUGGCAAUGGCAAUGGCAAUGGCAAUGGCGGCGGCGCCACCGCCGAGGCCGACGGCACGAAGGCGCAGAACGGCGCCGCCGAGAACGGUGUCUCCAAGGCAGCGGGCACUGGCGCGACCUCCGGUCUUCCGACGUGCUCGGACGAUGGCACCAUCUCCGUGACGUACCACCAGGUCAACCAGGACGGCGCGGGCCCGCUGACGGCCGACAUCGACCCUACGUCGGGCGGCACCGACCCGGCUGCUUUCCAGAAGGCCGCAGUCACCCAGGAUGUGCCUGGCAUCGCCCUGGGCCUGUCCGGAACCACGACGACCGACUUCCCCGUCAAGGUCCAGAUGCCGCAGGGCAUGACCUGCUCCGGCCAGGCCGGCGGGGCCCAGAAUGUUUGCGUGGCCCGGAUCCGCAAUAACACGCCUGCUGGUCCUUUCGGUGGCUCCGUUGCCUUCACGCAGAGCGCUGCCGCCAAGAAGCGUGCCAUCGAGUACAAUCUCCGCAAGCGCCACUUCACUCGCGGCACUCUCGGAAAGCUCUAA